AUGUCAUUAAGUUCUGAAAAGGGUAACGGAAGUGUUGAAGUUCAUCAAGUUUCAAGUGUUGCAGAUGGUGUUGUUGAAGUGUUACAUUCUAGAUUUUCUAGAGAAUCUGGAGCAAUUGCAAUAGAUAGAAAGAUUCUUGAAGCGGCUCAAGCAGAUUUGGAAUUGGCUCAAGAAACAGGUUAUAAACCAGAAUUAAGAAGAAAUUUUAGUGUAUUAGCACUUUUAGGUAUAGGUUUUGGUAUAACAAAUAGUUGGUGUGGUAUUUCUGCUUCAUUAAUUACUUCUAUUAGUAGUGGAGGUCCUAUGAUGGUAGUUUAUGGGAUUAUUAUUGUUGCCUUCAUUGCAAUGUUUGUUGGAAUCACCUUAUCUGAAUUAAUCAGUGCAAUGCCAAAUGCUGGGGGUCAAUAUUAUUGGACUAAGAAAUUGGCUCCAAAAAAAUAUUCUGGUUUUGCAUCUUAUAUGUGUGGAAACUUUUCAUGGGCAGCUUCUGUUUUUAUUUCAGCUUCAAUUUGUCUUUCAAUUUCUUCAUCAGUUGUAGGGAUGUAUUUAAUGAAUAAUCCUGAUAAAGAACUUCAAACUUGGCAAGUGUUUGUUACUUAUGAGAUUAUUAAUAUUUUUGUAACACUUUUCAAUAUUUGGGAAAGACCAUUACCAUACUUUUCUCAAGCAGCUUUAUAUGUUUCAUUGGCUUCUUUCUUAAUUAUAACUAUUGUAGUAUUAGCUAAAUCUGGUGGUGAAUUUCAAAAUCCUCAAUUUGUAUUUGUUGAAUUUACUAAUGGUACAGGUUGGGCAUCAGGAGGUAUUGCAUUCAUUGUUGGAUUAAUUAACCCAAGUUGGUCAUUCUCUUGUUUAGAUGCUGCAACGCAUUUGGCUGAAGAAUCAGCCGAUCCAAGAAGAAAAAUCCCAAUUGCAAUUUUAGGAACUGUUGCAAUUGGAUUAUUUACAUCAUUAUUAUAUUCAAUUGCCAUGUUCUUUUGUAUUAAAGAUUUAGAGCCACUUUAUAAUUCUAGAACAGGAGUUCCUAUCAUGGAUAUUUAUUAUCAAGUUUUAGGAAGUAAAGCAGGAGCCAUUGGAUUAGAAUUCUUAAUAUUUUUAACUGCAUUUGGUUCCCAAAUUACUUGUCAUACUUGGCAAGCAAGAUUAUGUUGGUCACUUGCUAGAGAUAAUGGUAUUCCAGGGUCAAGAUAUUGGGCUCAAGUUAAUACUAAAACAGGUUUACCAGUUAAUGCUCAUCUUAUGUCAUGUUUUUGGAUUGCAGUUAUUGGAUGUAUUUACAUGGGAUCAUCUACUGCUUAUAAUUCCAUGAUUAUUGGUGGAGUUGUAUUUCAAAUGUUAUCUUAUAGUAUUCCAGUAACUUUCUUAUUAAAAAAUGGUAGAGAUUCAAUUAAACAUGGACCAUUCUGGUUAGGAAGAAUUGGAUGGAUUUCUAAUUGGGUUACAAUAGGAUGGACAAUAUUUACUACAGUAUUUUAUAGUCUCCCACCAGUUAUGCCGGUCACAGCUGGUAAUAUGAAUUAUGUAUCUGCAGUAAUGGGAGUGUUUGGACUUUAUUGUGUAAUCUAUUGGUUUGCUAGAGGUAAGUAUAAGUUUACUUCUUUAGAAGAAAGAGAAGGUCAUAUUGAGGAAUUAACUCAACAAUUAUCCCCUCAAGUAUCAGCAAUGAUAAAUAUUUUAUCAAAUGAAAAGCAAGUAUAG